GCAGCAGCAGCAGUCGACGAAGGAAAUUGGACAGGGACUUUGAUGUGAAACGGAAGGGAGGCGGCGAUAGAAAGCGAGAGACAGGAAGGGCGCCAGAGGGCCAAAGGGCAAUUGAAGGGGAAGGAGAAGGGAAGGGAAUAGUGUGCAAAUUGAUAUUGUCUAGCAGCAUGGAUGAGGAGCACGACGACGAUCAAAUAAUAUGAGAUUAGAUGGGGCUUUAGAGCCCCGGCACCGUCACGGUCACGGUCACGGAGCUGCCAUCCUCAAGGGCCGCUUCCAUGGUGUUGCCCCACUGAGGCGCGAGACGCGUGAAAAAUGUGAGACAAAGCGAAACAAACAAGCUGACGAAGACGACGAUGCAGCCACAGAUGCUGAGUGUUUGACCAGCAGCAACAACAACACCAGCAGCAAGAGGACAACAAUCAGCAGCAGCAACAACAGCAGCAACAGCAACAACUGCCACUGGCCGCUGGCAAAAAAAGCCAACUUGGACUUCAACUUUGAGGGCAUCUCCACGGCAAGAGCAACAGCCCCAAGAGCUGGAGCCCAGGCCACUUCUUUGUGCGACGGAAACGUGAAACGCUCCUCCAUUGUCGCCACCCUAAAAAAGCGUGCCCAGCCAUCGUUAAUGCUAAUGGCCGCCACUGAGGGGCCAAAGAACCCCAUUCCGAACCCGGACCCGAAUCCGAACCCGAACCCGAAGAAGAGCAUUAGCAUGGGCAGGAGCGGGAGCGGGAGCAGGAGCAGGAGCAGGCGCCAAGGCAUUGGCCCGGCCCUGGAGCGAGGUUGGGCUAAGGAAUGGGAUUUGGGCUUGAGCCGGCACUGGAGCUGUGACUGGGGCUGGGGCGCUCCCCUCAGCACGUUUGUCCUGUGCCUGAUUUCCGUCAUUGCCCUGCUGCCGCCUCUAACGCUCGGCGAUGACGGUGAUAAUUUCUUUGCCGUAAAUGCCUUCAGCGCGGGACCGGAGACGACAACCCCAGAGUUCGAUUAUGCCAGCCGCGGAGUGAAGAAGUUUGGGGACAAGUGCGAUAACACCUUGGAGUGCGGUUUCCCCGGCUCCAUAUGCGAUCCCAAGAAGAAGUCCUGCCAGUGCACCGAGGAUCUGGCCGUCACCAAUCACUAUGAUAAAUGUGGCAAAGAGGCCGCCGUGAACGAGUCCUGCUUCUUCAACGAGCAGUGCGAACAGAAGUACUUUCAGACGGAGUGCCGCGACGGACGAUGCGCCUGCCGCUUCGAGAUGUCGCCCGUUUGGGGCAAGGAUGGCACUGUGGAGUGUGCAGGGCGCCAGGACAAGCGGGGACCCGAGACCUACAUCGAUCCGGCCAUGAUUGGCGUGCUGGUAGGAAUGGCAUUGAUGUUUAUUAUUAUUUGUGUCGUCCUGCGAUUGUUUAGCCAAGCCCGCUGGCAUGAGAACCGGACCAUCUUCAACACGCCCAAUCCGCGCCUGAUGAACGUCUCGCUGCUGCGCGACAGCAAGCUGCUCCACGGGCAGGAGCGACGAGGCUCCCGGAUGUCGGUGCGCGCCCCAUCCCGGCAGCCCAGCAUGGCCUCGCUGCGUCCGCACUCGCCCAAUCCGUCGCUAGGUAAGACAGGUUCCGAUGAACACGGCAACGGCAGCAACGCCUCGGGCACAUCAGUGCGGUCCAAUCGCAGCAAUUCGGUGGCUCCAGGCAAGAUUUCCCAUCAUGAGCGCCACGGAUCCGCACAUCGCCAGCACCACCCCCAUGGACACCAGCCGCAGCACCACCAGCAGCAGCAGCAGCAGCAUCAUCACCAGCAGCUGCAGCCCCAGUCGCAGCCGCAGUCGCCCCAGGAGCAGGCACUGAUCACCAACAUCACCACCAAUCCGGUGGCCGAGAGCGUGACCGUCGAGAUCAUCGAGCCGGGACAGAAGUAGGACGAGCAGCAGCAGCAGAAGGAGGAGGCAGAACAGCAAGGCGAGGAAUGGAGCAUGGUAUGCUAGACCAGAUUAAUGGCGAACUCUCUGACACGAACACUGAACACUGAACACGAAUUCGAAUCGUCGAUAUACGAGUAAACACACAUACACACAUAUAUGCGAUGUACUUAGUCACGAUAUAUGCACGCGAUAAUAAGGCUGGCUCCCCCGGAUGGGCGGGGCUAGGCCCGACACUCACACAUGAUGCCAUUGUUAGACUCUUUUUGACACAGACAAUUUUUGCAAUUAGUGGAAAAUUUUUGAACCAAACCAAUUAUAUACUUAUUAUAUAUAUAUUGUACGAAGCAUAUAACAACUUUUGCUGACACCCUCACACAUACACCCAAGAAAAGCAAAAACAAAAACAAAGACAAAAACAAAAACAAACAAAGAAAAUGCUAAUGAAUUACUAACGAUAUAUGCAUAUAUAGCGAGCAAAGCGUACAUUGAACAGAUAUACGCGACUACACCGUAAAAAAUAUUGAAAAAAACCUUGCAUAACAAAUUCAUACUAAUCUUUUUUUUCAACCAAAAAAAAAAGCAACAAAAAACAAACAAAGAAAGAAAACCA